AUGGACACGACGGCCUUUACCGACUUGUGGCACGACAUGUGCAGCCACAUCUGCCUGGGUCAGUCCUCGCACUCUGUCGGGCUGCGAUUUGUUGACGAUCUCAUCAAGCGUCUCGCCCUCCAGCCCGAGGAUGUCUUCUACGUCCUCGGCUCAGGCACUGGCGCAGUGGCGGCCCAGACAGGGUGCCGCGUGGUGGGUGUGGAAGGUAACAAAGAUGAGCACAACACGGCCGUCGCUCUCCAGCAGGCCUUCAACGCCAAGGUGGCGGAAGGCAAGCGGUACAAGCAAGGCCGGGCAGAGUUCUUGUGCGUCGACGUACUCGAACUUGCGACGGUCGUCUUCGUCAACAACCUGACGCUCAGUCCGGUGCACAACCAACGGGUCCGCCGCGUGCUCGUCUUCAACCUUCAGCACGGUCCCACUCGCGUCGUCUCCCUCCAGGAGUUGGGCUAUUCAAAGACCUUGGGUCCGUGCCAAAGAAUCGAUUCGCCAGCGGAGGCGGUGAGCUGGACGAAAGAAAGCGUGCCGUACUACCUCUACCACGUUAAUAAAUCUGCGCUGCCGCCGCAGCACGGUGAGAAGGAGGACAGCAGGCGCAAGGCCAGCUACGCCGCCGUGGAGGUGGUGGGCGGCGGGGACGAAAAGGGCGAGGCCGCCGCGGAGUUGCAGCUUGACCUGGACGCACUCAUUGCAGAGUAUGAAAGCAAGGACGACUACAGCAGCCGCAAGUCGCGCAAUCGGCGGUGCGGUCCGAAGGAACAAGAAGGAGAUGAAGGAGAAGAAGGAGAAGGAGAAGAAGAUGAUGAUGAGGAGGAGGGAUCCGACGACGAGAGCGACGGUGAAAUCGAUUACGAAAAGGAGAUCGAGAAGGCGAGAAAGGAGCUCGCGGCCCGUAAGGAGCUUUAUCGCCAGCUGUGUGAGAUAGAGAGGAAGAACCAGAUGAGAUGCAUCGAACGCUCCGAACAGCGCAGAGCCAACGGCAACGACGUCGCGCAGUACGACGCGGCGAUCGACAAGGCGAUGACAAUGUUCCCCCCGGGCGGGCCGACCGUGGAUGACCUCGAGUUCGUGAUGGAGAUGGUGCGCUACCGGGCCGAGGUGCGCCGGCGCAUCAACGAAGCCGCCAGCCGAGAGUUGGAGGAGAAGCUGGAGCGGGAGCGCUUGGCCAAGCGCGCGCGGAUCGCCGCCGAGGAGGCCGAGGCGGAGCGGGCGAGGCAGGAGAAGGUAAAGCAGUCGCGCGAGAGGAAGAGGAGAGCGAGGGCCGAAAGGCGGGAAAAGAAGCGACUCGCGAAACAGCGCCACGAAGCCGAGGUCCGCGAAAGGGAGCGACGCGAACAAGAGCGGCUUGAACGGGAGCGACUCGCAGCGGAGCGGCAUGAAGCCGAACGGCUCGCACAGGAGCGACUCGAGCGGGAGCGGCUAGAAAGGGAGCAGAGGGAGCAGAGGGAGCGGGAGCUCGCCAGGACGGAGCGUCAAGAAGCAGCGCGACUGGAGAAGGAGCGGAUGAUGGAGGAAGAAGAGCGAGCCAGGGAGCAGGAGAGGGUGAACGAGGAAAGGCUGGAAACGGAGCGACGCGACAUGGACGAAGAGGAAGGGGAGGAAGAACAGCGGUUGGCCGAAGAAGCGCUGAAGGAGGUGGAGAAGAAGAAGCAAAAGAAGAGAGAAAGGGAGAGCGAGGAGAAGACUUCGCCCGCCAAGUCGACUCGCGCGCCCAUCGAUCGACCCAAGAGAAGGAAAACGCACAGUAACGACACCACCGCCAGCGACGCCAGCGCUGAUGACGCCGGUCAUGGGGAGCAGGAAGUGGUCGCCGAGUCGUCCGAACGCGUGUUGGGCGGAGCGGGAGAGGAAGAAGGGACGAAAGAGGAGGCCAAGGCCGAAGCCAAGGCGAAGGAGGUGGUCGCAGGCGAGGAGCCCAACAGUGCCUCGCGCGAUGAAGAGCAGCAGCAGCAGCAGGAGGAGGAGCAGUCGGCUGGCGACGGCCCGACUCCGCCACGUCGACGCGGCCCGACGCGGCAGGUGAAACGACGGAAAUCGACGCCGGCCAGCGCGGGCGGUGCCGACAGAGAGAAGGAGAGGGAGAGGGAGAGGGAGACGUCGAGGAGGAAGAGCGUGCCUGCGGAAAAGAAGAAGAAAGAGCAGAGCAAGAAGAGCACCAAGAGGAGCACCAAGAAGAAGAAGGAUGAUGAUGAUGAAGGCAAAAAGAAGGAGACAAAGACGAAGAAAAAGAAAAAGGAGAAGGAGGAAGAAGAGGUGGAAGAAGAGUUCGUCUACAAGGUGGAGCGGAUCGUGGCCGAAAGGAAGCGGUACGGGCGGAUUGAAUACUUGCUGAAGUGGCUCGGCUAUCCUGAGGAGGAGAACAGUUGGGAGCCAAAACGCAACCUCAGGGAUGCUGAUGGGACGCUCAUGGCCACGUUUCGACGCGAACAGAUGGAACAGCUCAAGCAGGAGCAGCAGCAGCUGCAGCAACAAGAGAAGGCAUGA